UAUACCGGUCACGUGUGUACUGUUUAUCAGUAUAAGUAAACAAUAUUGAUCAUUAAUGAUAUAUUGUUCAAAAUGUUGCUUCUUAAAACAUUUCCAAUUUUAAAACCUGCCUAUUAUCUCAAGAAUUAUUUACCUUUUAUAAAAACCGUGCGUAACUUAAGUGUUUCUGAUUAUAAGGGAUUUAUUUUACAACGUCAUUCUGGUGAACGCGAAGGCAUUAUUACUUUGGGUUUGAAUCGCCCUGAAACGAAAAAUGCUUUAGGAAAGCAAACCAUUGCUUCAUUAUUUGAAGUAAUAGAUAGUAUUAAAUAUGAUAAAGAUGCUCGUGUUCUUGUCAUACAUAGUUUAGUUAAAGGUGUCUUCUGCGCUGGGGCUGAUUUAAAAGAACGUGCAGUCAUGCCAGAGGCGGAAGUUGGACCUUUUGUUGCCAAAAUUCGUCAGUCGAUCACAGAUUUGCAGGAUUUACCCAUUCCCACUAUUGCUGCCCUUGAUGGGCAUGCUCUAGGGGGAGGAUUAGAAAUGGCACUGGCUUGUGAUAUGCGUGUUACAGCUUCAUCUGCGAAAAUGGGACUUGUGGAAACUAAACUUGCUAUAAUACCAGGUGGUGGUGGAACCCAAAGACUUGCAAGAAUUGUUGGACCUGCUAUUGCUAAAGAAUUAAUUUUUACUGCUCGUAUUAUUGAUGGGAACCAAGCUUUUAAAAUAGGUCUAGCAAACCAUGUUGUGGAACAGAAUUCUGAUGGCGAUAGUGCUUUUAAGAAGGCUUUAGAACUUGCUGAAGAAAUUAAAAGCCAAGGACCCAUUGCUGUUCGAUUGGCAAAAUUGGCAAUUGAUAGAGGUUUGGAUGUUGACUUGCGAAGUGGAUUAGCAUUUGAGCAAGCUUAUUAUGCACAAACUAUUGGAACUAAAGAUCGUGUUGAAGGCUUAAAGGCUUUUAAAGAAAAGAGACCUCCAAAAUAUACUGCUGAAUAGAAAUGUGCCAAAUUGCAGUUACCCAUUUAAUAUUUAAAUGCAAUUUCAUAUUUUGUAUAAAUAUAUUUUUUUAAUAUGUAUUGAUUUUUUUUCUUAAUAAAGUUGAAAUUUAUGCAUGUAAA